AUGAAACGACGAGUGGACCCGGAUAGGCCCAGUAUCAAUGUCACUGUUGGCGAUCCACAGAAGGUUGGCGAUCCCAUCAAUGCCCAUAUCGUAUACACCGUCCAUACGACUACAAGCUCCCCCAAUCUUUUCCGCAAAGUGUCCUUCUCUGUCCUUCGACGGUAUUCUGACUUUCUCUGGCUGUGCGACGCUCUCUGCCUGAGCAACCCCGGCGUCAUCGUCCCCCCUGUGCCGGAGAAGCAUUCCUUUGGCCGCUUCGAGGAGACGUUCGUGGAGACGAGGAGACAGGCACUCAAUAAGUGCAUCCAGAAAAUUGUGGAUCAUCCUCUGUUAUACACCGACCCUGCUUUGAAACUAUUCUUAGAGUCAGAUUCGUUUGCAAUGGAUAUCAAGCACAGGAAGACGGAAGUCGGCGUCAAUCCGUCGGCUAGCACGCCCGGAUUGAUGGCCACUAUUGGGAGUACGCUGACUGGUCCCAAGUUCAUCGAGAAUGAUGACUGGUUUGAGAACAGGAAGAUAUAUCUUGAUGCCCUGGAAUCUCAGUUCAGGGGGCUAAUCAAGGCGAUUGAGGCAGUUUCGAAGCAGAGAGCUGAUGUGGUUACCGCUGCUAACGAACUGUCCCAAGCCGUGGCAGAGCUUGCCCAGUCCGGCCUGAGCAAGCAGCUCUCGCAUAGCGUUAGCAUGCUUAGAGAAGUCGAGAGCCGAGUGAAAGACCUUCAGGAGAGCCAAGCAAAAGACGAUAUUAUGACUUUCCUUGCUGGAAUCGACGAGUACACCCGCCUGAUCGGCUCCAUUCGCCUCGCAUUUAUGUCACGGGAACGAGUCUAUCUAACCUGGCAGAACGCCGAAGCUGAUGUGCGGAAAGUGCGUGCGGGACAUGAAAAGGCAAAGCGGCAGGGGAAGCUGCCCUCUGACACGACGGGGGUGUCUCUUGCUCAGCUUAGUGCGGCCGAAAGGCGUGCUCUUGACUCCAAAACUGAGUUUGAAUCUGUAACCAAACUCGUCAAGUCCGAAAUCGCUCGUUUUGAGCAGGAAAGAAUUGAGGAUUUCAAGGAUUCGUUGGAGAUGUUCUUAGAGAAUAUGAUUCACCGACAGAAGGAGGCCAGUCGAAAAGGCUCUUUAUCCGACGACUCGUCAUCUGACUAUUGUCCCAGCUGA